AUGGUCAUCUUUUCAAUGCACAAUAUCUUGGGCAGAGUCCUUUCACCAAUUUGUUUUGGAGCUUGCUUACUAGGAAUUUUUCUCGCUAUAAAUCAAGGCACUUCACUAUUUAUUGAACAGCCAUUUGCUUGCAGAGUCAGCAAUGUAAAAGUUUUUAAAUUCGUAAAAAAUGCAGGGAUGGGAUGGGAUGAGGCUCAGCUUACUUUUGAUAUAUUUGGGAAUUUUACAGACCUUUAUAAUUGGAGCAUAAAGUAUGCAUAUUAUUGAUUGGAAUUAGAAUAUUACGACUUGGAUAGGAAUGAGGUUAUUUUUUGGGAUGCCUAUGCUGUGAGAAAUCAAACAAGGCCUAUAGGUUUAGUAUCAAAAGACCAAAAAUGACUAUAUGUGGCAAGAACUAAAAAGCACAGCUUUAAAGGGAUCACAGCUGCUGUGAAACUAAGGAUUGAGGUCAUACCAAUUUUUGGCUUUGUAUAUAAUUUAGAGUGCUUGCCAACUGUAGUGACUUUUCCUGAUACAUAUGAGUAUGUGCUGCCUUAA